AUGUCAGAUCCGCUCGCUGAUGAUCGAAGGCUUGCCGCUGAGAAGAGAAAUCAAUGGUUGUCAUCAAUUCAUGCGAGUAGUAGUAGUAGUAAUAAUAACUCUUCUUCAUCAAUACCAUCAUCAACAAGACCACAACAGGGUCAUGCUGUAACAACACAGAAUGAUAAUCAGUACCAUCAGAACAAUAACAACAAUACCACUGAUGGACAGAAUUACCAUCAUGCCAAUCCUACGUUAUCCGAAUCAACAUCCACAACAUUUUCCAAACCCAAAUUAAAAUUAAUUGAAAAAUCCACACAAGAUAUUAUCAAAGAAAGAGAAGAAGAAUUAAAUCGUUUCUCUGAUAUUUUAAAUCCACUCACUGAAAAAAAGAAAUUUAUUGAAAAAUUAAAAAAAGAACAAGAACAAGCAAUGAAAAAAGAAAGACAAGAAAAAGAAAAAUUAUUAAAAGCAUAUCGAACAGAUCCUCAUAUUGGUAAAAAAACAAUUAGUAUUGAUUAUCCAAAUAUUGAUAAUAGAAUGGCAUUAAAUUCACCAACAAAACCAUCAGAAUCACUUGAAACUAUUUUUGAAUCUGUAGAGAGUAAUGAUCUGUAUUCUGAACCAUGUAUUAUUCAAAUUCGAUUCAUUGAUGGUACAAUUACAAAGGCUAAAUUUAAUUCCAAUGACAAGUUAACUCAAGUAUGUCAAUAUAUAUUUUCAAGUGAAAAAGGAAAGGAUUAUAAAAAUAUUAGAAUUCGAAUACCAGCUGCAAGAAUAUUACAGAGUGGUGGUAAUAGUGGUAAUCAUGGUGGUAAUAGCGGUGGUGGCAAUGGUGGUGAUAUCACAUCUACUAGUCAUUCAAUUGAAUUCUCCACAUCUACUACUAUUAGUUAUUUUAAUAACACCAAUAUGUCUCUCUACACAUUGGAACAAUUAAAUCUAUGUCCAAAUGGUAACAUUAUUAUUGAGAAUGAUAUGACUGAUUAUGGAUUUGGAGAGAAAGAUUUAAAAUCUGACAAGACAUCAGAGCCAAUGAAUUAUUUACCUGUUGAAUAUUUUUUACAAUAUGCUGGAUCAAGUUAUCGAUUAAAAGGAGAUACAUGGGAAGAAAAACAAAAAUUUAGAGAGAGACAAAGAGAGAAAGAUGUCAAACAAUGUAAAUUAGAAAAGAUUCAAAAGAAGAAGGAACUUGAUAUGGUCAGAAAGAGAUUAGAAGAAGAUAAAAAGGAGAGAAAUGAAAAGAAACAUCAAUUAUUGUUGUCAUCGAAUGUACAUGAAACAAGUACAACCAAAGACAUUCAUUUAUCCUCUCUGAUCAAUGAUAAGGACGACAAGUCUCAUCAUUAUGACUCCUUGAAGAACUUUUUCACCGUUCAUUCAUCUUGUUCUAUUCAAGUGAGAUUACCUCAUGGUGGCAGUAUUGUGAGAAUUGAUUCAUUACUUGGAGGAAAUACUUUAAAAGAUUUAUUUGAUGCGAUUCAACAGAAUAGUAGUGCUGUGAAUGUGUCCAUGAAUGAUUGUGUAUUUAUUGUUCAAUUUCCACAUGCUGAAUAUGAUUCGAGUGUAUUUAAGAGAAUCACCUUAUUGGAUGCCAAACUGGUUCCAAGAGGAUCCAUUGUGUUAGAGUCUAACAGAAGAAGGGAGUGA